ACACACUGCAGGGCGUCGCGCACUGAAUCAUACUCUCACAGCCAUAGCCAAAAAUAGACAUUUCGAGAAGAGAGAGAGAGAGAGAGAGAGACGAUGUGCAGGUGGGCUUUCGAGACCUUCAGGUGGCCGGAGUUCGACUUCUCUCCGGCGGCGUCGGUCUUCCGGUGGCCGGAUUUCGACUUCUCGCACCUGAGCUGGAAUUCGGAGAGCCUCCGGUGGCUGGGGCUGGUGAUCGUGGACGACGUGCUGUGGUCGAUGGUCACGGUGCUGGAGUCUCUGGCUCUGGUCGCCAUGCUCUGCUUCUUCUUCGUCUUCUGCGGCUGCACUCUUUGAAGAUCCUUCUCGCUCCUUCUCUCUCAAUUGAUAUCGGACUCGAUGCUCUCGCUUUCGUUCCUUUUUACAGAACCGCAAUCGCGGCAGACAAUUGAUAGGGAUAUAUGAUUUCUCGAUCUAAUUUGAAAAAAAAAAAAUUUUGUUUGCAAGCUCGAGUUAUUGCUUUUGUAGUCCUGUAAAUAUUUUAUAGCAUUAUUUUGAGUGAUUAUUCAGAUUUAUGCGGAUUUU